AUGCGUUUAAAUAAAACACUUUUUUUUGUAUUUUUGGUAUUAUAUUUUAUUGCCGGUCUUUCACUUCUUAUCACCGGUAGUGUAGCUCAUCGACAUGCAUCACAAUUUGCUGAAAUUACUGGCCAUUCAAUUAUGUCUGGUGCUGGUUUUAUUAUUGCAUUAGGUGUUAUUAUUAUCAUCUUAUCAGCUCUUGGCUUUAUUGGUGCAUAUAAAAAUCGUUUAGGUUUAUUACAAAUUUUUAUUGGUACAUUAUUAAUAGUCUUAUUACUUCAAUUUAUUGCUGUUAUUGUCGGAUUUACACUUCGUGGUAAAGCAGAUAGCCAAUUACAUGAAAAAUUACGUAAUUCAUUACCAGCAUAUGUUGGAGGAAAUAGUGAUAUUGUAACAGAAUGGGAUCGUCUUCAACAAAAAUGGUCAUGUUGUGGUGUUGACAGUGCUGAUGAUUGGCGAACCUUUGCUAAACGUCCUCAAGGAGUACCACCAAAUUCAUGUUGUCUUAACAAUGAUUGUCGAUCAAGUACAACAACAAAUUCUACCAUGUAUUUUACUCCAGGUUGUUAUCAAUCCGCUCGUACUUUAUUUUUCCGAUACUCCAAAGCAUUAGGUGGUGUUUCACUCUUCUUCUUCUUUGUUGAAAUCUUUGGAUUAAUCUUAGCUAUUGUUCUUUUACGAGAUUUAAAGAAUAAUUAUGGAAGCGUUUAA